AUGUCACGCAGCAUGUACACCAAGAACCUCAUCUCCCUGAUCGAAAAACAUGAACACAGCUACCCGCAUAAUCGUCCCACCGGGACGCGUCGUGGCUACGCGGGUGGAUUGUUGGGCUUCUUUGCCCUCUUCGUGGACGACAGCUACACCGCCGAGGAGUUCAAGGAAACCAUUCGUGGCUAUGUGGCCACACUCAGACAGGAAAUUACGCUGGUUGAGAGCGACGAGGUAAUUGCAAAACUUUCCAGCCGCGAGGUCAUUUGUUACGAUAUUCUCUUCGUCUUGUCCGAGCUGGAGCUCAUCGGAACCGUGACCGGCAAGCUUAAUGUCUUCAACGGCAUGGACAGUGUCGUCGACAAGAACGUUUGUGUCAACGAGAACGUUGGCGUUAUCAUGAACAAGACCGUCGAUGUCACCGAGGAGAGCAUGGAUGCAGACGAGUUUGUCAAUGUUACGGAGAGCGACGCGGGAGUCUCGGAGGCAGAUUCCACCGAGUGGGAGAUCGUUUGA